UGCUAGGAUGAACGUAUACGUCCUCGGUGGCCAAACCCACCCGAAGGGCUGCCCAAAUUCAGACCUCCGCCGCUCCGAGGUCGUCGUCCUCCGCCGCUGCAGCCCUCUCCGCAUCCGCAAGCCGGGGCCAGCCCGCCUGCCCGCCCACGCCGUCCGUGCCUUGCCGCGACUUACCCGCCGAAGCAGCACGCAUCGACGAGCGCCGCCCCCCGGCGGCCGCGACGUGCCCGACGCCGAGCUCCCCCUAAUCCGCUGAGGACCAACCCCUGGAUCUCCCUCGCCGCCCGGACGUGCUCCCACCUCUCAGUCAAGUCAAGCAGUAUCGCCUGGAUCUUCCUCGCCGCGAAGCCCCUUAACCGACUGUGGCCAGGUGCGGCGGCGGUUGUGGACCGCCCUCGUCAGGGUGAGGUCAACAAGUCAAGGUGUCGUCUCUGGAAACCAGAUUGAGCAUCAGAUGGAGAAGCAACUGAACACUCAAGGUGGGGAAGAACAACCUUCACCCCCAUUCGACAAAUUUAUUACACCGAGCCCUAGUGCAAGUGAGGGUUGGGAAACUGAGUAUGAGAGUGGUGAGGAGGAACUUACCUCGAGAUUGAAGAAGAAACCUCAUGGAGAGGGAGCAUAUUUCAAUCCUAAGGAUGAUGAAGAACACCAAAGUAACGAGAUCCCACUAAGACCCUCUCUAUUGGAAUUCAACGAGGAAGAGGGAACCUCUGCACCUAAGCUGAUGCCUACAACGUCCUCAGAAAAUUCUAAGAGGAAACGAGGCCAGCACGGCAGGCACCAGCUACCUACCAAGGUGUUUGCAAUACAUGAGGUCGGCAAAAAAGGGGAGCCCCUCGAGCCAGUCUCGGUGAUUUCCAAGUUUAGUAAUGCUUGCGGAGUGUUGGUCAGGGAAAGGGUGGACUUCAACAUAGACGAUUGGAAGAAGGUUGAUGUUUUACUUAAGAAUUCACUAUGGGAAGAGAUUAAGAGGAGAUUCACAUACCCACUGGGCACCAAUGAAGAGCUCAACAAGAGCUAUGCACUGAGUACCUGUGCAAAAUCCCUGCGCCAGUUCAGGUGGAAGCUUAACCAGAAGUACGUUAAGAAGGGGGAGAUGCCUUUUAAAGAAUACGGGUUUAUCACACAGGAAAGGUGGGACCAAUUUGUCCGAUAUCACACAAGUGAAGAUGCUAUGGACAAGAGUGAGAAGUUCUGCUUGCUAGCAAAGAGGAAUCUCUACCCCCACCACCUCGGCAGUACAGGGUAUGUGGUGAAGAAAAAGAAAUGGCGGAGGGAAGAAAGGGAGGCAGCUGUGGCCGGCAAGCCUAUAGAGUAUGAGGGACUGAACGAGAGGACAAGGGACUUCCUCAAAGCCCGUAGGCCAAAGCAACUCGCGCAGGGGAAGAGUAAAUUCAAUGAGCCACAGACUGAGGAAGCGGAGAAAAAGAUUCUAGCAUUUGUUGCGGCUGAGCAAGCUGGAACAUUUACUCCACAUAGGGAAAAGGAUCAACUGUCGGCUGCGUUGGGCAAUCCCGAGCAUCGUGGUCGCGUCCGAGGCAUGUCCUCAAGAAUGAGCUGGAAAGAUGCCUGGGCCAUCAACGCGGGCUCUUGUAGGACGCAACAGGGUUACAAGGAAAAGUUGAUCCAAGAAACCAGUGAGGAAACAAUGAGGGAAAUUGUGAUGGAAGAGAUCCGUAACGUUCUGACGAGUGGUGACCCUAAGAUGGUGCAACUGAGGUCACAGUUUUUGGGCAAGGCUAGCUCGAUGGAACUAAUGCAACAAACACAACCGGACCAAGGCCUGUCAGUUCCUAGCAACUCGGCAUCGACUGUGAACCAACCAGCUGAUGAUAUUAUCUCAUGUACGCCGUGCUCAUUGCAUAUCCCGGUCGGCAGGAAGAAGCGGAUGAUGGAGGUGGCCACAGGCAUGGCAAUCCCAGGCCGCACAUUUCAGUGCCAACCCAUCCCGAUCGACUACGCCAAGGUCUUGGUGGUUGAUGUCCAUCCUAAUCACCAGAGGCUUGAGAUCGACUUGCCCACCAAGGAAGGCAUCCGGUACUUGGGAGAUGCAAAAAACAACUUAAUACUUUGGAAUAGGUUCGACAUCGGCCUUGCUACUGCAUCACCGCCACUGCCUCCAGUGCAGCUGGAGAGCGACAACGAUCCUUCCCCAGGUCAGGCGUCGGCAUCUGGAAACGUGACAGACGAGGGAGAAGCAGCAACCCCGUCAUGAGACAUCUCACUGUAAACGAUGGAGCAGGCACAUCUGUACAGGUUAAGGUACAUCUAUGGUCAAACGAAUAGCAAAAGGUAAAUGGUACUCAAACUACCUGACAAGUAUGGUGGAUCCAUUAGUGAGAAAAAUGUCUAUUAUAUUAAGGAGUCUGAUUUCUAUGUGCAUCGAUGUGUCUCGUCGUCAAGACCUUAUGCUUAUUUCUUUAAUGUUACUAAUGUAUGUAUCAGAGUUGGACUUGGAAGUACUCCCUCCAUUUCAAAUUAUAAGACAUUUUGGCUUUUUUA